AUGUUACGUAGUAUCUUCAGUCUUAUUCACAAUAUUAUUGAAUCCGACAAAGAAUAUAAUAAUAAAAAAUCCAGUGCGCAUUUCUCUUCCGAUAGUUACGAAAAUUGCGAAAUAAUGCAUCGAAACAGACCUUCAAAUUCUCUCGUUUUAAAUUCGAAUCAGGGAGACACAUUACCCAUUGAUCAAUACGAUGACGAUCCAGCCAUAGAUACAGCAAAGCCGAAAAAAUCCAGUAAAUCAGAUGGAAAAAAAUCGAAGCAAACCGAAGAAACCAUCGGUGAUAGAGCCAGUUUUAGCAACGAAGAGGAAAGCGACGAAAAGUUUUCUGAAAUCCAGGGAGAGGUUAAAGUGGGCGUCAGAGAUUUAUUGGCAAAAUUACCGCAAAAAAAGAAAACCGUACCCGAGAAAGAUAAGGAACAAUUGGGUGCUCUGCUAGAACAAAUUCAAAAGAUGAAAAAAGGCAUGGAACGACUUCACCAAAUAGCUAAACAAUUUACUUGUUCUGACAAAUUCAAACAAGAUGUAGACUACUUAAUUAAGAGCUUGGCCGUGGAUAAAAGCGCGAAGGGGCAAAAUUUAGAGCCGAAAAAACCAAAAUAG